AUGGACACAUCGGAAUUCGUGGACUUUGCCAAGACAAUGAUUGAUUUUGUCGCAAAUUAUACUGACACUUUAAGAGACAGAAAUGUACUGCCCAAUGUGGAGCCGGGUUAUCUCAAUAAAUUAUUACCAGAAGAGGCGCCACAAAAAGCUGAGAAAUGGCAAGAGGUGCUUAAUGAUGUGGAGCGAUACAUUAUGCCAGGAAUCACACAUUGGAAUUCCCCACAUUUUCACGCAUACUUUCCAACGGCUAAUUCUUAUCCGGCUGCCGUAGCCGAAAUUUUAAGUAAUGCAAUUGGUUGUAUUGGUUUUAAUUGGAUAGCAUCCCCGGCCUGCACUGAAUUAGAGGUCAUUGUGUGUAAUUGGCUUGCCAAACUGUUGGGUUUGCCUAACGAGUUUUUGCAUAGCAAAGAUGGGACAGGUGGAGGAGUAAUACAGGGAUCUGCAAGUGAAUGUACGUUCAUGUGUUUGCUGGUUGCGAAAGAGCAUACCACGCGUCGAAUGAAAAAUCUUCAUCCAGAUAUGGAUGAGGAUCUCAUUAAGUCUAAAUUGAUUGCGUAUACUUCCGAUCAAUCCAAUUGUUCAGUGGAAAAAGCCGGAAUUUUAGGAUCAAUGUUAAUGAGGUUGCUUCCAGUGGAUGAUAAGUGUUCUCUGCGUGGAGAAACUUUGAAGAAAGCGAUUGAAGAAGAUUUGGAGAAAGGCCUCAUUCCAUGUUACGUCGUCGCUACUUUAGGAACUACCGGUACUUGCGCUUUCGAUAAUCUUGAUGAGAUAGGACCUAUAUGCAAAAAGUAUAACAUGUGGUUGCAUGUCGAUGCUGCUUACGCAGGUGCAGCAUUUGUUUGUUCGGAGUUUCGUUAUUUAAUGUCCGGAGUACAAUAUGCAGACUCUUUCAAUAUAAAUGCACACAAGUGGUUGCUGGUUAAUUUUGAUGCUUCGAUAUUGUGGCUAAAAGACUCGAAACCACUCGUAGAAACGUUCUCUGUUAACAGAAUAUAUCUUGCCCACAAUAAAGAAGGAAUGGUGCCCGAUUAUAGAAAUUGGCAAAUUCCUCUGGGUCGGCGUUUUCGCUCAUUAAAAUUAUGGUUUGUCAUGCGCAUUUAUGGAGCGGAGGGACUUCAAGAACACAUCAAACAUACCAUAAGACUAGCGCAAUUCUUUGAAAAGUAUGUUAGAUCGGAUAAUAGAUUCGAAAUAGUGACCGAAGUUACUAUGGGUCUUGUCUGUUUUCGUAUCAAGGGCGAUAACAAUUUAACAAAAAAGUUGUUAGAUCGUCUGCACGCUAGAAAAAAGAUCUAUCUCAUUGCCGGCAUGUAUCAGAACAAACUUGUCGCCAGAUUUGUCAUCUGCAGUCGACUAUGUCAGAAAGAAGACGUUACUUUUGCAUGGAAUGAAAUAAGUGAUCAAACAACAGAAAUUUUGCAAGAAGUUUACAAAGAAUCAAUUGACAAAAUCGCAAAGUCACCGGACGAUAUUGUGACGAGAAUAGAAACUUUGAAUCUGGAAACAAAGGAAAUUUCGCAAAAAAUAUCUUAA